AUGCAGCUUUCAUCACGCAAAGGCCUUUCAACAGCUGAAAAGCGAACAAAACUAUUGGAGCUCUUUCAUGAAUCCGGGACCUUUCAUAAACUUCAGGAACUAGAAAAGACCGCCCCGAAAUUAAAAGGAAUUGUUCAGCAGUCUGUUAAAGACGUGCUUCAAUCUCUUGUGGAUGAUGGACUCGUCACAGUGGAAAAGAUUGGAACCUCCAAUUAUUAUUGGUCCUUUCCAAGCGCAGUUCAACAAUCGAAGAAAGGGAAGUUGCAGAGCCUACAGGAGGAGCUACAGAGAUUAGAGGCUGCAAAUGCAGUAUUAGAGGAAAAUAUCCGACAGUUAUCUAGUGGACGUGAAGAUAGUGAUCAACGGCAGGAACUAAUGAGAAAACUUGCAGAAGCAGAAGCACAUAAUCAUGAGCUUCAGCAGGAGCUUAAACAGUACAGUGACAAUGAUCCCAUUCUUUUGGAGGGGCAAAAAAAAUAUUCACAAAUAGCCAAGGAUGCUGCAAAUCGGUGGACAGAAAAUAUUUUUGCAUUCCAAUCGUACUGCGUGAACAAGUUUGGUGUCGACCGUCAAGAAUUUAACAGAAACUUUAGUAUUUCUGAUGACAUGGACACAAUUCCUUGA